UGAGUGUGUGUGAGAGAAAGAGAUGGAGCGCACGACGUAGUAAUUAGUAUGUAUGAAUAUAUCUAUAUAAAUAUAGUUCCCUGAUUGUCAAAGCUGGGGCUUUUUUUCCGCUCUUCAUUGGAUCUGCUCCGAGCAUUUUCAAAGUGAAAAACCGAAGCUUCGAGAUUUAUAGAUCUUGAAUCAGGACUCGUAUCAACUGAUGCAAUUGGACUGUUAUGGCGAACAAGUUUAAUCCGGGAGAUGGUAGGACCAGGAGUCAUGUGUCGAUUUUUAUAGUAGCAGGUCUUUGCUGUUUCUUCUACCUAUUAGGAGCAUGGCAGAGAAGCGGGUUUGGAAAGGGGGACAGUAUUGCAUUAGAGAUGACUAAGAGCGGAGAAAACUGUAAUGUCCUUCCCAACCUCAAUUUCGAAACCCAUCAUGGUGGUGAAGCUGGGAUAAUUGACGAUUCUGAUUCAAAAGCAACGGUGUACAAACCAUGCCAUCCACGCUACACUGAUUACACACCCUGCCAGGACCAAGGGCGUGCUAUGACCUUCCCGAGGGAUAAUAUGAUCUACCGAGAGAGGCACUGCCCUCCUCAAGCAGAGAAGUUGCGUUGCCUCAUUCCAGCUCCGGAAGGAUAUGUAACCCCGUUUCCAUGGCCAAAAAGCCGUGAUUAUGUGCCUUACGCCAAUGCUCCAUAUAAGAGCUUGACAGUGGAGAAGGCUAUACAGAACUGGAUCCAAUAUGAGGGCAAUAUGUUUAGGUUCCCUGGUGGAGGAACACAAUUUCCUCAAGGAGCCGAUAAGUACAUUGACCAGCUUGCUUCAGUUAUACCAAUUGAAAAUGGAACUGUUAGAACUGCAUUGGACACUGGUUGCGGGGUAGCCAGUUGGGGUGCGUAUCUAUGGAAAAGAAAUGUCGUAGCAAUGUCUUUUGCACCUAGAGAUUCACAUGAAGCCCAGGUUCAGUUUGCUCUGGAAAGGGGUGUACCUGCUGUAAUUGGUGUUCUUGGAUCAAUUAAAAUGCCAUAUCCAUCUAGAGCUUUUGACAUGGCUCAUUGUUCUCGCUGUCUUAUACCUUGGGGGAUAAAUGAUGGACUAUAUAUGAAGGAAGUUGAUCGUGUGCUUAGACCUGGUGGCUAUUGGGUGCUUUCAGGCCCUCCUAUCAACUGGAAGACUAACUACAAGGCAUGGCAACGACCCAUGGAAGACCUUCAGGAAGAGCAAAGAAAGAUAGAAGAGGUUGCUAAACUUCUCUGCUGGGAGAAGAAGUCCGAGAAAGGUGAAAUUGCUGUAUGGCAGAAGACAAUGGAUUCUGAUGCUUGUCGUGCUAAACAGGAGAGUGCCGGAGCAACAUUCUGUCAAUCUGAAGAUUCUGAUAAUGUCUGGUACAAGAAAAUGGAGCAGUGCAUUACUCCAAAUAAGAAUGCUAACAGUGAAGAACUUAAACCAUUCCCUGAGAGGCUUCAUGCAGUUCCUCCACGAAUUUCUAGUGGUUCAGUUUCUGGAGUUUCUGCAGAGGCAUUCCUGGAGGAUGAUAAGCAAUGGAAAAAACAUGUCAAUGCCUAUAGAAAGACUAUCCCAAUUCUCGACUCUGGAAGGUACCGCAACAUCAUGGAUAUGAAUGCUGGAUUUGGUGGUUUUGCUGCUGCACUUCAAUCUCCAAAAUUGUGGGUCAUGAAUGUUGUACCCACUAUUGCCAAGAAAAAUACCCUCGGUGUUGUUUAUGAACGAGGAUUAGUUGGUAUCUAUCAUGACUGGUAUGUAUUCUUUGUCCAUUGUUUUCAUCAUCCCAUAAGCAAAUCUGCCGGCACACUAUCAUCUACCUUAAACUACAUGAAUUUUCUUUGGUGCAACAACUAUCUUUUUCUGAUAUUUACAGCCUAUUAUUUUCAUUUGUUUAACUUUAAGUCGGGUAAACGCUUUUCUUUGCUUAUAAUUAUUUACUGUAGCUUUAAUAUCUCUUGCUUAAUGGAAAUUUCCUUUCCAGGUGUGAAGCGUUCUCUACUUAUCCUAGAACGUAUGAUCUCAUUCAUGCUAAUGGUGUUUUUAGCUUGUACAAGGACAAGUAAGUAUCCAUAAUCCCUUGAUUCUGAUAUUUCUGCAGUGAAACAACAUUCUAUUUCCGUGAUAAUCAUUGUGAACUCUGGACUUCCAGAUGGCAUUAGCUACCUGGCAUAUCAGUUUACAUAUAUAAAUUUAGAAACUCUUCUCUAAGUCAAAGGAAUUGCAGAAAUACAGGAGAUUAGUGAUUUAGUGAUGCUUCUGAAUGUCUGUUCACUAAUAUAAAAUGAUAUCCUGACGUGCCUGAUCUUUGGAUAUAGACAGUUAAAUCAUGACAAUUAUGUUUCUACUUAUUUGAAAAUUCUUCUGAUUAUCCUGUCAUGUAUUGUUUUAAGGAAAUUGUAUACUCUCCUAUACUCGUUUAUAGAAGAAUGUCGUCACUUUUUGGUUCUGUGUCUUCCGCUCCUAAACUAUGCAUGUAUCUGGAUUUGAAAAAUAAUUCUUAAAUUUUGUGGUUUUUCCCCCUCCAACAAAUGAAUACAGGUGUGACUUUGAAGACAUAUUAUUAGAGAUGGAUCGGAUUUUACGACCAGAAGGUGCAGUUAUAUUCAGAGAUGAAGUCGAUGUACUUGUGAAGGUGAAGAGAAUGAUCGGAGGCAUGAGAUGGAACUCCAAGAUGAUUGAUCAUGAGGAUGGUCCACUUGUUCCCGAGAAAGUACUGGUUGCGGUUAAGCAAUACUGGGUUGGCAACUCGACCUCUUCCCAGUGAAAACAAGUAACCACAGCUGUUGACUGCAAAACAGCAUGAGCUUACUGCAAUUCUUUUAUCUCUAAUACAAUCUCCCAGGAUCACUAUCCCUUUUCAGCACAAGAGUUUUGCAGAUCGAUGAUUCUGCCAUGAAAAAGAGGCGCCAUUGGGCUCGAUCCCACAAUAUUAACCAGGGAUAGGUCGGUAAGUUAUAGAUUGUACUUCUACUUGUAACACUAGUGCAUUUUUUGAUCCCUUUGGAAAAUAGCCCAAACGUUACCAUUCCCAACCGUUUAUGGGAUUUCGUUUUUCUUCUAGCAAUACAUUUUUCAAGUAAAGUUGCUAAUGUCAGAACUAUUUAUUUGCCACUACUAUAUAUCCAUGUUAAAUUAGAAGUCUCA